UUUACUACAACAACCUACAAUUUAUUACAAUUGAAUCUUAACCAAUGACGGUCUAUUGACUAUCUUUAGUUCCGAGAGGAACUAACUACGCUCCAAGAGCCGGAAUUGGACUUGUCGUUCCGGAGUCGGAGUAGUUCGUUCCGGAGUUACUCGAGGCCCAAGUUCAAGUUGGUAGUUGGUGUGUGUCGUGUGAGCAGUGAGCACUGAGCCGAGCACUGAGCACUGAGCUGAGCAGUGAGCAGGUGUCUGUCGUCGUCGUCGGUUCGUUCGGUUCGGUGUCGACUCGACUCACCUACCUGUCAAGCAAAUCGGCCGUUGUUAUGUUUACAGUUUACAUGUCGAUUUAGUUUGUGUAAGUUUUAGUGUGCAAUAUGCAGAGAGAAAUCAGAAUUGAAGACAAGAGUUUAAUCGAUUCGAGAGAAAUUACUAAAAUAAUUAUCCAAAAUGGGUCAGGAUUUAUUUGGAAUGCCGAUGGUUGGUUGAAACUUCGGGAAGACCACAGAAUUGUUGGUAACCUAACUGGCUGCUUGGUUGGACUUCCGAGGCAGGAAACUUUACAGGGCCUUCCAUUGGUCCUGUUGCCAGAGGAAGUAACUUUAUUGGUCGAGAAAAAAGUGGCCAGACUCAUAGAUGAUUCAAUUCUCACAGAACUUCCACCAGAACAAACUAAAGAGAGAUACAUUUCAUACAAGGAACAGAACAAGAAGGAACAGAUGGAUUGUUAUGAAGAUCAACGACGACAGCAAGUAACUUCCAUGAUUGACAGGAUCAUAGAUGGAAAGCGAAGGAAGUUAUUGGGUCUUAAUACUAAAAAGAGAAAGAGGAGCGAUGAAGGUGAGGUCGGUGAGGAAAAAAUUAUGGACAUUGAACUGGACAGAGAAGAAAUUCUGAAAAAUGAGCUCAAUAAAUCUGCUGAGAAUUUUUCCCCACCAGUCCUUGUUCAAACAUUUACAAGUGAACAAUGGCUGGGUGAUACAGACACCAAGAAAGUUAUUUGGAAGUUCCCAGAAUCUGAUCACGAGAAGCUGAAGUAUUUUGUGUUUAGGGAUUUGUGGGAGAAAGGGUAUUACAUCACUGAUGGUCACAAAUUUGGUGUCGACUAUUUGGUGUACCCAGGUGACCCAGUAAAAUUCCACGCUCAAUUCCUGAUUGUGUGUAUCGAAAGUAACAGCAACAUACCUCCUUCAGAUCUCAUUGCUUAUGCCCGGCUAGGAUCAACAUCAAGAAAAACAUUUGUUAUCGCAAGUAAACUGCCUGAUAAAGAAGACAUAUUUUACAGUUCUUUUCAAUGGAAUGAGAAAAGUUAACAAUGCAAUACAGACUGGGUUUUCAUGAACGCCUAAUUGUGAGUGAAGUGGAAGCUAAUAAAUCAACAAGAAGAUCAUCCAGGAAUUAUCUUUGUGUCUUUUCCACAAAUGUCUGUCUCCAUGUAAACACUAGAAGAAAUCUCCUGGAUGUUUAGCUCUAAUUAGUAUCUUUGUUUGUCUUGGAAUCAUCUAGAAGAUUUUUGGGCUCGAGUUUGAAAAAAACCUUGCAUUGGUAUUGUGAGGUAAAGAUACUGAAAGUGAAAUAGUAAUAUUUUUUACCUACUUUUGUACUUCUGAUCCCUCCCUGUUGCACCAAACCUAAGUACUAGUUGAACUAAGGCUGUUUAAAUAGGGAAUAAAUGUGAUAUUUUUAAUUUCA